AUUAAAUUUACAAAUCCGGCGCCGAUUGUCAUAAAGGGACAAAACUCGUUUGACAUCGAGGUUACAUUAGACUAAACAAUUGGGCCAUGUAGUAAAUCAAAAUGGCAGCGCCCAUGAAUGUCGCUUGGAAAAAAUGCCUUUUGUUGUGUUCCUAUUCAAGAUACUGUCAGUCCAGGUUAAUCUCCAUAAAGAAGAAAACAGAAGAAACAUCAUCUGGAAAGGACCCUGAGCAACACCACGAAAGGAACCCACUGGUGGGUAUGAGCGCUGAUGGACAAACACUGGUCUGCUGGCACCCAGAGCCUGAACACCCAUAUGAUCACACACGGGGGAUGGAGUACGCUGUACACGAGCUGGAGGAGGGCACAUCAAUCUUGAAGGACGAAGUCAUUCGCAGGUUUGAGACCCGCUACAAGCCCAAGGGUCCCAACAUUCAGGAGCUCAGCAACAUCACCUACACCACCAAGCAUCAAUGGUUCCCAAGGCCAGCAAAGAAAUUCAGAAAGCUGAACCCCCCUAAGGACAGAGAUUCCCUGUGAGGAUUUGCCUGUGACUUCAUCAUAUCUAUAUCCACGGACUACGUCAUACCAAAAUUUGACAUCAUACUGACAAAGAACAAGGCUCCAGCCUUAACAAUGAUGUUUCAAGCGCAUUUGUAAUUUUUAACAUGGAUUGAACAAAGAAUUAUGUCACUCUGGCACAUUUUUAUUCUACGGUUCAGCAAGACAUUUUAACUAUCUAUUGUAUUAAAGGUUAUUGUUCUAUAA